GGGGGUGGGUUUUCAAAUGACAUGUGAGGAUCUCCUCAACUGCCGGGGCCGGCCAGGACUUUUCAGGAAGAAGAAGAGGGAUACUGCAGUGACCGUCUCUCUUGUUGCCGCUUGACUGCCUCCGUCCUCACUGUCUUCCUUCCUUUUUCUCCACUUCUGCCAAUUACACCAUGGACCUGCCCGCUGCUUGUUGCUAAGGGGGAGCCAGCCGUGCAAGUGCAGCCGUGGGGAGUGCACACAGCGCUGCGUGGAGUGGAGAGGAGUGGACGCACCGUUUAUUUGGUCGAUAAGGGUUGUUUUUCAGUACAAGAUGGCAGAGGGGUCGAGGGAGCAAGGAGCACCAGGCAGCACGGAUCCGGAGGAAGACUCGCCAAAUAUGAUUGUCUACAGAAAGAUUGAAGAUAUUGUCACAAGAAUACAAGAUGAGAAAGCAGGAGGCGUGUCCAUCAGGACUGUCAAAAGUUUCCUCUCAAAGAUUCCCAGCGUCGUAUCAGGGGCAGACAUUGUGCAGUGGCUGAUGAAAAACUUGAGUAUUGAAGAUCCAGCUGAAGCCAUCCACCUGGGGAGCCUCAUUGCUGCACACGGCUACAUCUUUCCCAUCUCUGACCAUGUCCUGACACUCAAAGAUGAUGGAACCCUUUACCGUUUUCAGUCUCCAUACUUCUGGCCUUCAAACUGCUGGGAGCCUGAGAACACAGACUAUGCCAUUUACUUGUGCAAGAGAACCAUGCAGAAUAAAGCCAGACUUGAGCUAGCUGAUUAUGAAGCCGAGAACCUUGCGCGGCUGCAGAGGGCUUUUGCCAGGAAGUGGGAAUUCAUUUUCAUGCAGGCUGAGGCUCAAGUCAAAAUCGACAGGAAGAAGGACAAGGCCGAAAGGAAGAUCUUGGACAGCCAAGAGAGGGCGUUUUGGGACGUCCAUCGGCCAGUGCCAGGCUGCGUCAACACAACAGAGAUGGACAUCCGCAAGUGCCGGAGAGAGAAGAACCCACACAGGGUGAAGAAGUCAGUGUAUGGCGUUCCAGAUGAUGGCCAGAGUCAACCCAGUCCGGUGCACAUCAGCUCACAGCCAGCCCGGAAGCCCACAAAAGAGGAUGUACAGAAGGAAAUCUCCUUCCUGAACACCCAGCUGGACAGACACUGCAUGAAAGUGUCCAAGGUCGCGGACAGUCUGAUGGGCUACACCGAGCAGUUCAUGGAGUACGACCCCCUCGUGUCCGCCCUGGAGCCCUCCAAUCCUUGGAUCACCGAUGACACUACCUUCUGGGACAUGGAGACCAGUAAGGACCCCAACCAGCAGCGGGUGAAGAAAUGGGGGUUUUCUCUCGAGGAGGCACUCAAGGAUCCAGCUGGGCGAGACAUGUUCCUGAAGUUCCUUGAGUCAGAAUUUAGCUCAGAGAAUCUUCGAUUCUGGUUGGCAGUGCAGGACCUGAAGCGGCGGCCAUUGCAGGAGGUGUCGUCCCGUGCUCAUGAGAUCUGGCAGGAGUUUCUGGCUGAAGGAGCACCGAGCCCCAUCAACCUGGACUCCCACAGCUACGAGCGCACCAGCCAGAACCUCAAAGACCCCGGGCGCUACAGCUACGAGGACGCCCAGGAGCACAUAUUCAAGCUAAUGAAAAGUGACAGCUAUGCACGAUUUUUGAGAUCCAACAUCUACCAAGACCUGUUGUUAGCCAGGAAAAAGCCACCUGCAGACCCCGACCAGGGCCGCCGCACCUCCCUGGAGAAGUUCACCCGCAGUGUGGGGAAGUCGUUGACAGGAAAGCGUCUCACCGGCCUCAUGCAGUCCUCCUGACACGCCGCAAUCUGGAGGGGCGCAGUCGGACGCUGUCAGCCGCACGAGCUGACCCGAACAGGGACAAUGGAGCUGGGAGCCGGGUCUACUAGAUACCACUGCAAAGGUUACCAGACAGCACUCCCAGGACUGCUACACUGUGCUGAGGUUCAAAGACAAGUCUGAAAACACACUCACGGCAUGCAGCGUACAGUAUUAGCACAUAGAGACUAGUGCUGCUCCAUCACACCUGAGGGACCUUUCGUAUUUACGCACAUGUAUAAGAAUGCCAGUUUAUUAUUCAGUCCAUCUGAUGUGACACAUGUUUGCGUUAUGUUGUCAAAACUGCUGUCCAAAUUUAGAUUUUUGUUUAUUUACUAUAACUGUCUACCUACAGCACAAUCAGCAAUAAAAAACAAAGGGUUUUCAGUUUCACAAAUACGUCCAAACUCUUUAUACAGUAUUAAUUUUUUUUUUUUUUUCUAUUCUCCAUAAAGCACAUAACAUCUUGGAGCACUAAUGAAAAGCAGUCACCAGGGUUUUCCUGCCGUCGACAUAAAUUGAUUUGUCCCAUGCUUCAUUACAUUCCAGAAUCUGGCAUAAGGGCUUAAUGUUGCAUCCACUUUGCAAUAUUGCAUGUUCCACUGAAAUGUCUACACUGGGAAAUGAGUGUUGUCUUUUUACAAUAGUGCUUUGAAACGAGUCACAGAGCAGAGAGCUGAUAAUAUUUCCAUUCCACUUGUCAAAAUGGACCAGGGCUUUCAUAUUUUACACAAUAAGCUGGAAUGAUUAAACAUAGAGGACAGUCGCUUUACUUUAAGUGGUGGUUUUAAACAUGCAUUCUCGACUGAGGAGGGCACAUGUGAAAAAAAACAAACAUCUACUUGCUUUGUCAAAUGUUGAGUGCCAUGUAGGAGUGUUAGCCUAAACUACAGGGGCAGUGUUACAAGGUAGAUGUCUGUCUAUUGUUCUCUAGUCCUGAAAUGCCUGCUGCGAAAUGUGAGCAGGUUAGUUUUCUAUUUUUCUGUAAAAAGCAUGUUUUUGUUCUUACUUUUUAUUUCUUUUGGCAAUGUGUGUGCCAUAUAUUUUCGUUUUGGUCUUUAACUGUUGCAUGUUGUUGGACUCUAAAGCAAUGACAGAGGCAGAUGUUGAGUUUUCUUGAUUACAGAAAACUGGACUUGGGUGAGCUAGUCGCCUAAAGUGAGUUGCUCCACUGAUGCCUCAAUAUAAAGCAACUUCAGCCUUCUACUUGGACUGAGAAGAUUCUUAUCUCACGGCUCCCUCGUGUGGCCAUUUACUGCUACAGUACUGUGCUACUGUGGACUACUGAAUGAAUGACUCACAAAUAUACUAUUUUAUAUUAGAGAUGUACAUGUCAUGUUACACUUACUGUCAUAAGCCAAUAAGCUCUGAAUAUACGGUAGAGAGAGAUGCUUAAAUCAAUGUACCAAAUAUUAUUCUCCGCACAACAAGAAGACACGUCUAGAGAGCCUUGUAGAUGUAAAUUGGCUAUAUGUCAUUGAAAGCACACUGUAUGACAUGGGCACAUUACUAUGCAUGUAACAUAAACAUAAUCAGGGCAUUUUGUGCUUUUAGUUUUUCAAUCAGCAAGUAAACUACUGGCACUCGAUACACUCAAGCACCUGUUAUUUAUCCAUAGCUACCAAAUAAAAGCUCUGGACCUGUCAGCUGUGGCUGUUUGUGUCUGAUAGAUGCAAUAUCUUGUAGAAUUCAUUCAUUUUGUUGUAUCAGCCCAUACCAAUACUUAAGUAGAUUUGAUGUAAUAUAAUCAAGUUGACUUAUGGUAAAACAGAACUGGUGAAUAACUACUGCAAAUAGUGCUUAAUUAACAGGGUAAUCUUAAGUUGUAGUGAUCUUAAAGACACAUUUACACUGAUCGAAAUUACAGAAAUAAGAAAAUCAAUCAGAAUAAAUAAAUAAAAAAAUGCAGAGAUUAAGCAUCUUUGAACAAUUUGAAGUCCUAUUACAUUUUCUGAAGACCUUAGAUCCUCUAGCACAUCACCUAAGUGUGAUAUAGUGAUCCAUAUAAUUUUCCUGUAGUGCUAUUUGAACCACACUUUUUCAAGCAGCACCUGGCGAUCAAUAUCCGUGAGCUGCAGCCUCCUUUUUGCCCUGUUCCAAUUUAAGAUCUGGCCCUUCCACUGCUAUCACAAACUAGUGGUGUAUUUUUCCUCAUAAUAGACAAGGUAAAACUACACAUAGCAGAAAACACUCCAUGUUUUUGUUUUUAUUUUCUCAGAACAAUAAAAAUAGUUUAACAAACAAAGACUUCUUCAUUCUCUUCAUUUCAACAUAUUUACAGCUGAGGAUCAAACCCAGUCAUCUCCUCUUGGCUCCGUUCCUACCCAGACUCUCCCUGUCACCCGGGAGCAUCAGGGCCUAUUGCUGUGUCUUGGACGAGGUAUACAGGCUAUUCGAUGAUGGUAGACGCCGGAGUGGACACACUGACCAUUGCUUUUGUUCAGAUUUGCACCACCAUGCUGGGCCCAUGUUUGUAUAUUGUUGAUUAAGGUACAACUAUGACACAUGCUUGCACUGUCUGACAUGACACUGGAAGAAUAAGACAUAC